CUUGUUUAGAGUUCCCGAAAGAUGGCGGCGGCGCCUCCGGAUGAGGCUAGCCUGCAGUCUCGCAUCAACAAGGCCACCAACCCUUUGAAUAAGGAGACCGACUGGGACAGUAUCAAGGGGUUUUGUGAUCAGCUCAACGAUGAACCAGACGGUCCCCAGCUUGCAACCAGACUUCUGGCCCACAAGAUCCAGUCUCCUCAGGAGUGGGAGGCUAUGCAAGCGCUCAUGGUUCUGGAGACAUGCAUGAAGAACUGUGGAAAGCGAUUUCACAGUGAAGUGGGAAAGUUUCGCUUUCUCAAUGAGCUCAUCAAAGUGGUGUCACCCAAGUACUUGGGUGCCCGGGCUCCAGAGGCAGUGAAGAAGAAGGUGUUAGAAAUAAUGUACAGCUGGACAGUGAGGCUGCCUGACGAGACCAAAAUAGCAGAUGCCUAUCAGAUGCUGAAGAAGCAGGGCAUUGUCAAGCUGGAUCCUGUGCUUCCUGAUGACAAGCCCCUCCCACCCCCUCCACCCAGAGCCAAAAAUGUCAUCUUUGAGGAUGAGGAGAAAUCCAAGAUGCUGUCUCGCCUAUUGAACAGCACUCACCCAGAAGAUCUAAGGGCUGCAAACAAGCUCAUUAAGGAAAUGGUCCAGGAGGACCAAAAGCGUGUGGAGAAAGUAUCAAAGCGAUUAAACGCCAUCCAGGAGGUGAAAGAGAGUGUGAGCCUGCUGAGCCAGCUGCUGGAGGGCUACAGCAGGGACAGCUGCUCCCAAAGCAACCAGGAACUCAUUAAGGAUCUUUACCAGCGCUGUGAAAAAAUGAGGCCUACGUUGUUCCGAUUAGCAAGUGAUACAGAGGACAGUGAUGAAGCUUUAGCGGAUAUCUUACAGGCCAAUGACAGCCUGACACAGGUCAUCAACCUGUACAGACACCUGGUGAAGGGAGAGGAUGUUCCAAAGGACGGCACAACCAUGCCCUCACAGCCAGACGGCACUAGCUCAGCACUAGUAGACCUGAUGGGACUUAACGCAUCAGCCAACUCAGCACCAUCCAACCCAGAGCCCUCCAACCUACAGAGCCUGACUCAGACCGUGGGCAUCAGCCUCUUGGAUGAUGAGCUCAUGUCACUGGGUCUGAAUGUAACGGAAAACUUCGACUCUCAGAACACUUUCCAGGUGCAGACUUCUUCUAAUAGCACCGAACCAUCUGCUGCAUCGAUCCCUGCCGCAGUGUUGCUACCAGCUGUGGUCCAAACACCGCAGGCUCCUCCAGCAGGGGGCCCCACUGCUCCCUCUAAACCCAUGGACGAGCUGGAAUUGUUGGGGAAGACAUUGUUACAGCAGUCUCUACCUCCAGAAAGCCAGCAGGUCAAAUGGGAUAAGCUCCAACCUCAUUCCAGAGUCACCUUACGAGAUCUGCAGACCAAGUCUAGCACCAACUCAAGACCCACUCCCAAUGCAACCACCACCUCCUCUGGUCCCGCGACUGCUCCAGGGCCCACGCCCAGCCUACCCAUCCAAUCAGAGCAGCCUGACACUCUCCUCCUCUCCAAUCUCAGUCUGGCAGCUGCUGAGAAAAGCUCUUCAGCUGCUGCCGAGCCCUACGACAACAUCUCUCUCACUGACGUUACUGUGCCUCUGGAAGCAAUCAAACCUAGCAGCUUAUUACCAGUGACUGUAUUCGACAAACACAGUCUCCGGGUUUUGUUCACCUUUGCCCGAGACUGUCCUCCUUCACGACCCGACGUGCUGGUGGUGAUCAUCUCCAUGCUGUCCUCAGCCCCCAUUCCUGUCACCAACAUCCGCUUUCAGGCAGCUGUACCAAAGGUGAUGAAAGUAAAGCUGCAGCCUCCAUCCAGCACCGAGCUCCCGGCCUUCAAUCCCAUCCUGCCUCCAGCUGCCAUCACACAGAUCCUGCUGCUGGCCAACCCUCACAAGGAAAAAGUACGUUUGCGGUACAAGCUGACAUUCAACCUGGGUGACAAAUCUCACGAUGAAUCUGGCGACGUGGACCAGUUCCCGCCUCCAAAUACCUGGGGGAACCUUUAGUGAGAACGUCCCACCUCCCGUCAUCUGAUCUGCUGCUUCCUUUAGAUUUAGGUUGAAGUUGUCCCUCAUUGCUGGCUCGAGGCGAGAUGGCCUCUCUACACUUCAGUAGUAUUUGACUCUGGUUUGGUAAAACAAACUGACAUUAGGCCAGUUGUGGGAACCAGCUUCUACCUUGUGCCUUCCUUCGCAGCCUUUCUGUCCUUAUUCGAUCAUCUCCACGUUCCUGUGUUUCGUAGCUACUUUUCCCUCCUCCAGCAAUCAUUCCAGCGCAAACUAUAAAGCAAACUGUCAGAAACUUUGAUUCAAUGCAGUGACUUUUGGGGAAACAAGUUGACCCUUUUAAAAACUGAAUGUGUGCAUUUUUCUGAUCAAAGGGAGAGCUCACCCUAAAAUCAAAAAUAUAUAUUUUUCCUCUUGCCUGUGGUACUACUGAUGUGUGAGGUGCUGAGUGUUGGAUAUAUCGGCUGUAGAGAUGUCUGUUUUGUUCUAAGUUAGUGGAGCGAGAUGGCACUCGGCUUGUGGUGCUCAGUGUCCAAAAAAAUACAUUUGAAAAACUCAACAGCAAUGUCUCUUUCCA